UGUUUUUGUUUGUUUUAAAUUAAAAUGGUCAAAAAGAAUCACAGUAAGAUACUUAAUUCUUACCCAGAAUUGAUUUGAUAUUUAGAUAAAAAUUGCUGCAUUUGACCUUUUUGAAAAAGUUGGGAAAGUAUUCUGUAUUGGGAAAUGUAUGAACUAAUUUGGCCUAUGCCAAAUGAUGCGUCAGGUAAUGAGGUUCAUGCCAUACCAUACUGGUAGUGAUAUGACAUAAAGAGAUGGCCUACAAUAUAUUUGUGAGUUGAGAUCUUCUGAGUAUUUCUAACAGGACCAUACGCUGCUGGAGUGGGGCCAUAACAUCAAGGAACCCUGCCUCCCCAUGCACCUUUUCAGCCCUCAGCGGGUGCCUGAAUAUCACCAUUUUACAGCGAGUUGGAUUUCAUUUUAAGUUUGACUUUAUUCCCUCGUGUACGCACUUAUAAUAGCGCUUAAUGAGCGCUUUAACCAUUUCCACAUAUCAAGAAGAAAAGAAUGGUAGAGGUGCAAGGGGUGGAGUUACUUGGGGUCAAUAGCCAAUGGAAAGCACCCAAAUUAUGAGUGGUGUUGAGUACAGUAUUUAUGAACUGUAAAGUUGUCUUGCUGACACUGGACAGUGAAGAGAUACAAGUACAGGGCGCAAGGAUGAUUGUUCAGGUUCUCCUGACGGGGACACUAUGCUGCCUACUGCCAGGUUUGCUGGAUGCUACACCUCUGAAGGCUAGAGCUGUAGGGGAGGUCAGCAUCYACUCUGCCCAGGCUCAUGGCUUCCUGUCUCAGUCACGCUCCAAACGGAACGUCGACCCGGACCCCAAGUGGCACCGCGGCACGCCUGAUUUCCAGUCCUACUACAAAUUCUACAACAGCAUAGGCCAUAUUGAAGGACUGUAUGAGAUUGACAAGAUCAGGAUACUGUAUCAGCAGAUGCGUCACCUAGAGCAGGUCUAUGGCCCAGACGCAUCCAGCUACCAGAAUGCCCUGGGUGUGAUAACCCCUCCACCUACCACCGCAGCUCCUACCACUACCACAGUGCCUCCUACCACUCAGCCCCCUCCUACUACACCAGCACCACUUUCUCUAACUGAGGCUGAUGUCCUGUAUCUGUGUAACCCCAAAGACCCUCUCUGUAAAGCUCACAUCGUUUACCUGCCUGCAGGGGCCAUCCCGGUCCUCUGUGACCCACGCUACAACCCUACCUGCAAACCCCAAACCGGCAAGGUGGUCAUAGCCGCUGCCGGACCUGCGGAGCUAGCUCCUGCAGCACCUGUAGAGCCAGCUGUUGAAUCACCUCCCCCACCUCCACCCCCUCCUAAGAAGUCUCUCCCACCUCCUUCUCCCGUUGUCAUUAAAGGGAUGGAGUAUGACUGCGACCCUUACUGGGACCCUGACUGCCUGAUCGAUCACCCACCUCGCUCUGUCCAGGUGACUGAGCCACCACCACCCCCUACUCUCCCACCUGUUGUGGUGGCCCCUGUUGAAGAGGAGGAGGAGGAGGAGGAGGAGGAGGAGGAGGAGGAAGAAGAAGAAGAAAUGGCCACCGAGGAGACAGUAGCGCCUUCUGACCCUUAUGAUUGGGGACGUGACCUCUUUGACCCUUACCGCUAUUCUGACCCAGCACCUGACCACCAGUAGACAGUUUUUUGUUUUGUUUAUCUAAGUACAAACAUAACACAUUAGUACUGCAAUACAACAGAAGGUAAUUUACCAAAUACAGGUAGGACUGUGAGCAAAACCAUAACAAACACAAUUGUACACAAACACAACAAUUUCCCACCAUGUAUGACAUUUCUCAGUUCCAUCAGAGAAUAUUGUUUUGAGUUGUAGAGACAACGGAUUUAUAAUAUAUUGUAUUCAACGUGUGUGUGUCUGUUAUCAAUUAAUAUUAUUUUUUAAAAUAAGUGUCACGUCCCAUUUGAAAUUGUUUGUGGUACAAGGUCGACCUCCAGCGGUGAGAACUGAAACUGUAAAUUAAACGAUCUAUCAGGACAGUCUGUUUUAUAGAUUUAAAAUGUGUAGGACUAAUACAACUUUUUUUUGUGCAUUUUGUAUGAUUUGGAUGCUGUUACUACAAACUAAUGCUAGCUAGAGUAAUUAGCAGGACGAGAUACAGUAUUUGUGUGCCAGUGAGUAUGUAAUAAGGGACACUGAAGCAACACAAUAAUGAGUACAUUAUCAUGUA